GCGCGUGCGGACAAACAUAGCUGCCAAAAAGCCAGCAAACGAGGCUGUAAACAAUUGUAAUUGUGCAAAAAAACAGGCGAGAAAAGUGUACAGCGGCGAAGGGACGCAACAAAUUCGUGAAUAAAAUUUUAAAUGUAUUUAGUGUGUGCCAAAGCGAACAACGUUGCAGCGCCAUAGUGAGUGAGAAAAAUCAAUAAAUUUGUAAUUGCUGAAAUUACAAAGAGCAGAGCAGCAUCAAAUAAAAAGUGUAUUUAAUUAAACCGAAAAACGAAUAAACUUGUGUUUUAUGCAAUUAUUUGUGUGAGAGCUAAUGUGCAAACACAAAUGGCCAUAAAAAGGACGUAAUUUUAUUUUAUGAAUUCAGUUAUGCAACGCAUUCCAAAAUCCAUCGAAGGUUGAAAUUCGACUACUUAGCGCUUCCUAAAUACUCCAAAUCCAGUUUGUACUUCCCGGCCACUUGCCGACGAAGAUUCUAAGGGAAAAUUAAAAAAAAAAUAUUUAUACGUGCAACAGCUAAUUAACCACGACAAAAGCAUUUCUUCACGUCCAGCUGUCGAAACGCCUGUACCUGAAUCUGAUUGCGUGGUUCGCCCACCAGCGCCGACGCCAGGAUGAACGCGUCCCAGCGUCAGGAGUUUUGUGUGCGCUGGAACAGCCAUUUGGGUAGUAUUGGUGCCGCUUUCCCGCAACUGCUAGCCGGACAACGUUUUGUUGAUGUUACCUUAGCCUGCGAGGGGCAUCAAGUCCAUUGCCACCGGCUCGUUUUGGCCGCCUGCUCGUCCUACUUCGACAGUAUUUUGGCAGAGAAUCCAUGCAAACACCCCGUCAUCAUAUUGCCCAGCGAAAUCAAACUGUGGGAGAUACAGGCGUUGGUCGACUUCAUGUACAAGGGCGAGGUGAAUGUUACGCAAGCUGGUUUGCCGCAACUGCUGCGAUGCGCCGAACAGUUGCGAAUACGCGGACUCUAUGGCUCGGACGCCGCGUUGAAUUUGAAUCAGCUGAAAGCGCUCACAAAUAAGGCAGCCGCGGCUGCUGCAGCUGCGACACAACAGCAAGCGGAUGGCAUGGAUACCGACACAGAUACCGCCACCAAUUCGACGACCACAACGACAGCAACAGCCGCGAGCGCGCUACAACAGCUGCACGCUGGCGGCGGCAUGACCGCAGCCAUGAUGGCGCAUGAACUGCAGCAGCAGCAGCAGCAUCAACAACAGCAACAUCACCAGCAGCAACAAAUCCAUCAACAGCAACCACAACAAAAAUACCAGCACCAACAAACAUUUAUGAUAAAAAAGGAAAUACCUGCGCCGCACGAAGUUGAGCAAGAGCAGCAGAUGCAGCAGCAGCAGCACCAUCACCUCCAGCAACAGCAACUAUUGCAACAGCAGCAGCAGCAAAAACAACAACAACAACAACAACAGCAGCAGCAGCAGCAUCAGCAACAACAACAACAACAGCGGCAGAGCAACGGCACACUCGUGCAUAAUGCCAUGCAACAAAAUCACCUGGAGCACCAACAGCAGCUUGCGCACCAGAAGCAGCUACAACAACAGCAAGCACAACAUCAACGCGUGCCGCAAGCCACGCUGGCGCAUGUAGCGAACGCGGCUGCUGCCGCCAUGGCCGCCGCCAAUUCAAACGCCGCCAGCGAAGAGGACGAGUCGGCUGACGAUUCCAAUUCCAAUCAGGCCUAUGAGCAGUACGAAAAAUAUACAUUGCAGCAGAAUAUUGCUGCCAGCAAGUUGAAAGCAGCGCAAGCUGCUUCCGCAGCUGCUGCCGGCACACAUCUCGACUCUACCGUAGAAGAGGACCACAACUACGUGGCAGCGCACGAUGACGACAGCAGUUACGCGGACAAUGAACACGAUAGCUCGGCAAACGCAUCAUUACUUAGCGUGAUGGGUGUACAGGCGAACAGCGGUGCACCUGGUGUGGGUAGUGUUGGCGAAAUGGCAGGCGGGCUGAAGCGUAUUCGACGCUCCGAAGCGUCGCUGGCGCAGGCGGCAAAGUGUGUUUCGAAAGGACAAACCUUCCAAACAGUCAGCAACAUGUUCAACAUACCAGUCUCGACAAUACGUUUCUACAUGGCACGCAAGGGUAUACUGCCGCGUCGGAAGAGAGGGCGGGGCGCUUCAUCGGCGGUAAAUAAUGCGACAAGCAGCGGCAGCUUGAUGACAGCCACCGCUGCGGCAACUAUGGCACAAGCGUUGUCACAAAUGAAGCGCUCCAGCAGUCCAAGUGGCUAUGAGACGCAUCACGUGGUUAGUAGCGCCAGUGUAGGCGGUAAGGCGCACAUUUAAUUCGACCGGCAACGAAAGAGAGUGGGGCGGAAAACUUUAAAAUUGUAAAUUGUGGAAGCAAGCGAUUUGAAAGCUCUCAACGGUUACGAGUGAGAUUCUACAACUUCAACUAACUGUACACAUAGGCGGAAUAAAAAAGUACUCUUAAAAGCUGUAAAAUUAAGCAAAAAAUUUACAUUCUACCGAAAACGCCAAUUUCUCAUAGUUAUAUUACAAACACACAUGAUAUUUCAAAACAAAAAAAAACACUAUUUUACUUUAGUAACCGUCAUGCAUAAAUUGUAAGUUAAAAUGUACAAAAUAUUUAUAUGCUUUUGGUUAUCAUUAGACAUACAUACAUAGGUUAUAAAUAUGUAUUAGCAUAUAGUUUUUUCCCUUUUCACCAGUUAUAUAUAUUUAUAUUCAUUAUAUUUAUUUUGUUAACGAUUCAUACAUUUGUAUUUCUUAAAUCUGCAAAAUUAUUUUGUGUAAAAAAUAUUUCAGUACCUCGACAUUCGAACUGCUUUGUAUUCUAUUUUUAAGCAAUUUUUUGAAUUGCUUUUUGUAUGCGUUGAUGAGUUUUUACUGAAGGCCAAAUAUUUUCUGGACUCAUUACUUCACUAUAUUAUCAAACUGUUGUAUUGUUAGUUAUAAUCAGUUCUUGUCAUUGCUUGUAAUAACUUUUAUCUGUAAAUAUUUAUACUUAUAUAUUUUUUUGCACAACAAUAAAACGAUUGCAUUUAUUUUUCGCUUAAGGCUAGAAGACUGUAGAAUUAAAUGAAUAGUUUUAAAUUUAAACUUAGUCGCCGUUAAAGAAGCGUUCUAUGUGUUGAUGUAGAAAUGAAAGCACUUAAAGGAACUCAUUAAAUUUUAAUUUAAGCCAAUGAAACUUGUGUAUAAAGAAAUAACACGGUACUACAGCAAAAAAAAAUCCAAGAGGUUUGAAAUGUGUUUGGUGCCCUUUGACCUCCUGAUUACGAGGAUGUCUUUAUUUUUGUUUGGUCACAUCGAAUUAUUUUGGGGUGACAUGAAAUACAUAUGUAUAUAAAAAAUGCUUAUAAAAACCGUAGGCUUACUGGAAAAUUAUUAAGGAGUACUUUUUUGUUUUUAAAUAUUUGUUUUUAAAUUUUUUUGGAACUCUAACAUAAAAUGCAAUUGAUAUUUGUAUAUAAUUUAAAUUGGAAAGCGCCAAAUUUUUUCUAUUUAAUACCUUUCCAACAAGCCGAAGAUCAUAAAAAUAGAUACAUAUUUCUUCUUCUAUUAUUAUCAUUUUUUAUAUUUAUUUAAGGCCCGAUAAAAAAAUAUCGACUUGACACAUGAAAAUGAAUACAUUUGCCUAAUCAGGAGCCCAAAUCACUGCACAUACACUUUACAGACCUCUUGAAAAGCUCAAAAUUAUCGUACAGUCUAAUGUUAGUUGAAAUCUCUUGCGUACUUUCAUUUAAUAAUUGUAUGAAAACGCGUAAGCUAUAAGUAAGACGUGCAACAUUUUUACUAUCGCUGAGUUUGCAACACUGUUAUAUGUAAAUAUGUGAGUUGACUUCCUUUUAUAAAACUUGAAUUAUGUUAAAAUAUUUGUUGAAUUCCAGUUCUGAUUUCUGCGGUUUACGCUUUGGUUAUAUCUAGAAAAAAAACAAGCCACACUAAACUGCAAUAAUGGCCGUUAAAGCCCAAUACGGAACACUUUGAUUUCGUUGACGGUUGUUGAAAUAUUUCAAGGCUUGAAUAUUUGCUUGUUAUUUUCUAAAAAAUAUGCAAAUUUAUAUUUUAAUAUAUUUGCUUCUAUUUUUGUAAUUUGCCAUAGUAUUUAUAUAUUGAAAUGAUUUAACUACCACUUAGCACAUGUUCGCUUCAUAACGGUUAGCUAUCAUAUGCUUCAGUUCCAUAGGUUUCCUAUAUCAAGUACGUGGAUCUAUUUAUGUAUACUUUAAGCUAUAUACAUAUAUGAAUAUAAAUAAAUGUGUGUAUUUAUGUGUCUAA